AUGUGGGCCCUCACGUCGCUGCUACUUGCGGGCGUCGCCCAAGCAGCCAUUCCCAAUCUCAUGCUUCGUGGUAUGCAGUUUCUCCCAAAGAUUCCAGUGCCGGAACGUUCUAUCACUUCGCCGAAUGGCACAGCACUACCAAACAUCACAACCACCUAUUACUUCGACCAGCUCAUCGACCACAAUAAUCCAGACCUUGGAACAUUCCAGCAGCGAUACUGGAUGAAUUGGGAGUUUUAUGAGCCUGGCGGUCCCAUUAUAUUGAUGACGCCCGGAGAAGAUAACGCAGAUGGUUACAAAGUCUACGUUACCAAUGACAGCAUCAAUGGUCUCAUUGCUCAGCAACAAAACGGUGCAGCCAUCCUCAUCGAACACCGUUUCUUCGGUGAUUCCAAUCCAUACGACAACCUCACGUCACAAUCUCUCUCGCUCCUCACCAUCCAGCAGGCCAUCGAUGAUCUCGUGUAUUUUGCGACCACAGCCGACCUUCCCAUGUCCGGGGGUGAUGCUGUGAAACCAGGUCAGGCGCCAUGGAUAUUGGUCGGAGGAAGUUACUCGGGAGCCCUUUCCAGUUAUACGAUGGUCAACAAACCGGGAAUUUUCUGGGCUGGAUAUUUAUCUUCUGCUACCGUGGAAACGAUCACUGACUAUUAUGAUUAUUUCACCCCUAUUCGCGAGUACAUGCCACAGAACUGUUCUUCUGAUGUCCAGGCAGUGAUCGCCUACCUGGAUAAGAUGUACAUGGCUAGCGACACAGCCGGAAUCCAGACGCUGCAGGAGGCAUUUGCCCUCGGCGGUCUCAAUCAUGUAGGCGAUUUCGCCUCCGCACUUCAAUACAACCUAUGGGAUUGGCAAUCUCUGCAACCUGAUAACGGCCCAGGAUCAAUGUUCUAUCAGUUCUGCGAUGCGCUCGAAGUCAAGGACGGUGUCAAUGCCGGACCUGAUGGGUGGGGACUUGAGAAUGCUAUUAACUCCUGGGGCAACUUUUGGAACACUACAUACUACAGCUAUACCUGUCAGGAUCAAGAUGCCGAGGACUGCCUUGGGUCGUUUGAUCCAACUAUCAGCUACUGGACUAAUAUCACUGUGGAUAAUCCAGGCAGGUCGUGGUUUUGGAUGGUGUGCAACCAAAUCGGUUUCUACCAGGUUGGUCCCCCUGAAGGCCAACCUGCGAUCGUGAGCCGCAUCAUCCAGACCAGUUUUGUAGAGCGUCAAUGUGUCAACAUGUUCCCUCAAGCCUUCGCCUCUCCGCCUGAUACACCCACGGCAGAGACAAAUGCAAUGUACGCUGGUUGGAACGUGGAUGUCCCACGUAUCUUCUUCUCCAACGGCUUGCGCGAUCCUUGGCGCGGGGGAACCGUGUCUGCUGAUGGGCUGAAUAAGCCCAACACCACUAGUAUGCCGAUCUAUAUGAGCGACGGGUUCCACACCUCGGACCUGAUAACGUAUAAUGGCAUUAUGGAUCCGACUAUCGCGGUCGUGCAGAAAGCAGGAUUAAUGUACAUGAAGGAGUGGCUUGCUGAGUGGAAGCCUUCUACGUAG